AUGGCCCGUGACCGUGAUGUGGCCAUCUGCCAGCCUCUUCACUACCCUAUGAUUAUGAAUCCUUGGGUCUGUAUGCAGAUGACAUUGGCUUCCCUCCUCACUGGUCUAGUCUAUGCAGCACUGCACACAGAACCAGAUCCGCAGGCCGAGUUGGACUCACAGCUAUUGCAGUUGAGACAAGACUUGGAGGAGUUAGAGGCGAAACGGGUGUCUCUAAACGCCCGAGUGGAGGAGGGCUGGUUCUCGCUCUCCAAGGCCCCUUAAACCAUGGGUGCUAAAUCGGUAGGGCCUUUGCAGUAUGCCUCUCAUUUGGUACCCCAUUGCUGCAUCAGCACCAGCACCAGCAAGACCCAGAGCGGAUUCCAGAAGUUGUGGAUGGUGAGAGCCAUCUCCCAGACCCCAGAAGAGGUGGGACCCCAAGAGCCAGCUCUGAAAAGACAAAAGGGCUUCUCCAGGGCUCCAGGUUCAGAGCCCUCUUCAGUUCCUCGGGAUUCCCCGAACUGCUUCGGGAUUCUGGUUCCUCACAGUCUGCUGCAGGCCCAAGCAAGCUUCCAGGAGGGCCUUCAGCUGGGUACAGACAUGGCCAACCUCCAGAUCCGCAUCAGUUGGGCUCAAAGCCAGUUCCAGGGUCUCCAAAAUAAACUAAGGCAGCUUGAGCCUGGGGAUGCUGCUGACCUGAAUCCACAGAGUCAAGACAAAGAUCACAGCUGUUCUCAGACGAGGCUGCCUUUCAUCUGGCCUUCUUCCUAUACAGAUUGCUCCUUCUCACCUCAGCAGUUCUCUCUCCUUAAAAUUCUGAUCUUUCUGUUUCCAUUUUUAUUAGAGCUGCACAGUGGUGAGCCACACAGUUGUGAAAUGCAUCUAAAUGAGUGCAGCACUAUCUACACCAAAUCCCACAACUGGAUUCAGGUAAGGUUUGCUCCAGACAAGAAGUCAGUCCUGGACAGCCUUGUAUUACCAGGAACUUUCCAGGCCUGUCAUUCCUGGGAAUACCUCUGUGAUGGAAGGGAUCUGAUCCCAGCUGCUUUGGUAUCUGCAUGA